ACUGUGAUGGAAAAAAAAUGGAGGGAGAGAAAGAGAAGGAGCGAGAAGGAGAGGGAGACGGAGUGGCGUAAACUCAACACACUCUCUCUCUCUAACCCCGCCAACCUCGUUUCUCUCUCUUUCUCUCUCUUCGCCUUAGCGUUCGAUCGUGCCCAUGCUACAGAAUCCUAUUUCCCUCUCUGUCUCUUCAAUUUGAAACCGUUUUCAUAUUCAAUGUCUGCCUGUUGCAAUUGGGCCUCAAACUGAUCUGCUAAGGACUCAAAUAUACUCAAAUAGCAAUCUAGCUCUGUUGGGAAAUAAAAAAAUGGCAAAAGGAAGCAGGGGACAGCGUAGGAAUGCUUCGCAUAGGUAUAGAUCUAUCCCAUACCUGCUGCCUACUUGCAAGAAGAAUAUUUGUGAGGAUAUGUGCCCAAAGAAAUGCUCUGAAGCCUUGGAUAAGAGGGAGUGGAAAGAUGUCACAUGUUCUGUGUGCAUGGAGUACCCUCACAAUGCUGUUCUUCUCCUUUGUUCUUCACAUGACAAAGGUUGCCGUCCCUAUAUGUGUGGGACUAGCUUUCGUCAUUCCAACUGCCUCGAUCAGUACAAAAAAGCAUACACUAACAUUAUAUCAACAAAUAAUCAAGGUGCAUUACAAGAUUCAAACUCCCUUGCUGGGGAGAAAGAAGUCUUAAAGCUUGCAUGCCCACUAUGCAGGGGACAGGUGAAAGGUUGGACUGUUGUUGAACCUGCUCGGGACUAUUUGAAUGCAAAGAAAAGAAGUUGCAUGCAAGAUAAUUGCUUGUUUUCUGGGAAUUACAAAGAGUUGAGGAAGCAUGUGAGGGCGGAGCAUCCCCUGGCACGUCCCCGUGCGGUUGAUCCCGCUCACGAGCAGAAAUGGAGAUGGCUUGAGUGGGAGCGUGAACGUGACGAUGUGAUCAGUACAGUAACAUCAACCAUGCCUGGGGCAAUGGUUUUGGGAGACUAUGUCAUAGAAGGACGCCAAAACAACAUUGAUACAGAUGAAGAUGAAGAGGAUGCUUCUGUUGAUGUAGAUGGUGCUGAUAGAAAUGGUAGAGUUCAGAUGAGCAUAGAAGCCAUGAAUUUAUUCCUCCGGCUACAUUCAGCUCGGCAAGGGAAUAGGAACCUUGACAACUUAAAUUUACAGUUUAGACCGGGAUCAAGUCAGAAUGGGGCACAGCAUUCCACUUCUAUUGGUGGGAUGGAAUUUGCCAAUGAAGAUGCUAGAAAUAGUGAAGUUAAUCAUCAUGAUGAAUCACUGGUUAACCACCUCCAUCACCAUGGCACUGGCAGAGUUCUACUCCAUCGCUCAGGCCGGAGACACAGACAGAGAGAAGGACAUGCAGCUCAGGGUAGCUGAAGAUGAUGCUGGAAGCAGGAUAUUGGAAAAGGAGAAGUUUGGUAGGCAUAUAUAUGAUUUGAAUCUUUAGCAUCAUAAAUUGGGUAGUUUCCAGAUCCAAAAGAAAAGCUAGGUAGUUUUAAUAACAAUCGCAGGUAUUCUUUGCAAGGAUCUUAGAAAUCAGAAAUUGGGCAUUUAUGUUACGGGGUAAUUUCUUUUACUUGUACAUUCCUACAUUCUUUCUAUUAUACACAUUUCAUUAUGAAAUUUACUCGUGUAAAGGUUUGAUUGAGGUCUUUAAUCUCAAACUAAUAUUCAUGCAAACGAUUGGUAACAAGCA